AUGAAAAUCCUCACGAAAAUUCCAUAUACAUAUCCUCAUUCGUCACUUUCUCCUAACGAAUUAGAUCUUUCUCUCCAUCUUCAGCAUCCUCCAAAUCGUAAAAUCACAAUUUCCCACUCCCCCCUUAAACCACGUGCCUCUCUACCCUCGAUUUGUGCUUUCUACCGUAUCUUGAACAUAGCAGGAAUAUUAGUCCCAGCUCGAUUAUUAACGCAUACCUUUUUUCACAUUACCUUGCGAACGAGAUGGCUACGCGGAGAUAAUGUAGCUGGUGAUGUGAUUUCGACGUCUCUUCUAGGAGCGAAUGGGAAAAGAAAGAUUCUUUUCCAGAGAUAUGAGUACCUUUCGCCGGAAAGUACGAGUGGAUUGUUUGCGAGAAGUUUGUUUUGGUGGUUGAAUCCGCUAUUUAGGUUGGGGUUUGAAGGAGUGGUUAAAGAUGAGGAUUUAUUUGAGGCGGAUAGAGAGUUGUUGUUGAAUGCUUGUGAGGAUAGGUUCAGAGAAUAUUGGGGAAAUCGUAGGAAAUCCAAUUCUUAUGGUGGUUUUCUAGAGAUUGAUAAUAGAUGUAAAGGUGAGAAGUAUCCUCAAAACCAAACAUUGAUGUGGGCUAUGCUACGAGCAAUGUUGGAACCACUUACUGCGUCUAUUCUACUACGUUUACAACCUUUUCUCGUCAAUAAAAUCGUCUCUCUAGUCAGUAAUCCACACUCCGAAUUUUCCAACGAUGGCUGGGGUCUAAUCGCCGCUUCGGGAAUCAUCUAUAUCGAUCUAGCUCUCACAGCAAGCGCAUCGUAA